GAACUUUAAUUCCCCCCAGAGAGUCCCUCGCAUCGUUCCGACACUUCGCCCUCUUCCUUUCUAUGGAAGCCUCCAAUCUCCUCCCUUUUUCUGCCGCGUGCUUCAGGUGAAGCCGACAAUAUGGCACAGCCAGCUCCCUUUGCGUCCAUCCUGGACCGACUCUUCACAGAGCUCCGGUCGAAGAAUGAUGACAUGCGACUGAAGGCCGCCCAUAAUAUACGCCAGACAGUGGAGUCGGCUCACCGAGAGCUUCCUCCGAAUACAUUCGGUCAGGUCUACAACGACGUCAAUCAACGCAUCUCUCUUCUCAUUGUCUCCGGGAAUGAUUCCAACGAACGCAUUGGCGGGAUUCAUGCCCUUAACGCACUCAUCGAUUUUAAAGGCGACGAUGCCGGCCAGAAGACUACGCGAUUCGCCAGCUACCUUCGAGCUGUCAUGCGCGGGACAGAUACAGCGUCGAUGGUGGUGGCGGCGAGGGCACUCGGACGAUUGGCAAAGCCCGGAGGAACACUGACGGCGGAGCUGGUCGAAGCCGAAGUCAAAGGAGCCCUCGAAUGGCUGCAGCUUGAGCGGUCGGAGAAUCGCCGCUUUGCAGCUGUCUUGAUCCUCCGGGAGCUGGCCAAGAAUUCUCCUACACUAAUGUACCAAUGGAUAGCGCAAAUAUUUGAGGUCAUCUGGGUGGCACUCCGAGACCCCAAGGUCCUUAUUCGGGAAUCAGCGGCGGAAGCCAUCAGUGCUUGCUUCGAGAUCAUCUCCCCGAGAGAUUCACAGAUGCGACAACAAUGGUUCGGGAGGGUGUACGAUGAGAUCUUGAAAGGCUUCACAAUCAAUACGAAUGAGGCCAUCCAUGGAUCACUUCUCACCAUGAAGGAACUACUUGACAAGAGCGCCAUGUUUAUGAACGAGCAGAAGUAUAGAGAAACUGUUGAAACUGUUCUGAAGUACAGGGACCAUCGCGACGCUCUCGUACGGAGAGAGGUUGUCCUAAUAAUUCCGAUUCUCGCCAGCUAUUCACCCACCGACUUCGCUACCAAGUACCUCCAUCAAUGCAUGCUCCACCUUCAGGGCCUUAUUCGGAAGGAUAGAGAUCGGGACAAAGCUUUUGUUGCGAUCGGCCAAAUUGCAAAUGCAGUCGGGGUUGCCAUUGGUCCUUACCUCGAUGGAAUUCUUGGAUUCAUUCAGGAGGGCCUCGCUGCUAAAGCACGAAACAAGGCGGCGAUCAACGACGCCCCGAUAUUCUCAUGCCUCAGCAUGAUUGCAGCCGCAGUCGGCCAGACACUAAGUAAAAAUGUUGAGCGGUUGCUGGACCCUAUCUUCUCAUGUGGACUGAGUGAUUCCUUAUUCCAAGCGCUAGUGGAUAUGGCCCACUAUGUUCCACCUUGCCGACCGAUCAUCCAGGAGAAACUUUUGGACCUUCUCAGCCAGAUCCUGGCGGGUCGACAUUUCUUGCCUUUGGGUAACCCACACCAAGGAUCCUCCCCACCUCACAUAUGGACUCGUGAUCAUAAAGAUCCCCAGCAAAUAACACAGAAGGAAGCCGAAAUUGCCCUCGCUCUCCACACACUUGGGAGCUUCGACUUCACUGGCCAUGUUCUCAAUGAGUUUGUCCGCGAUGUAGCGAUCCGCUACGUUGAGGCAGACAAUGCUGAGAUUCGAAAACGCGCUGCGUUGACUUGUUGCCAGCUCUUUGUCAAGGAUCCUAUCGUACAUCAGACAAGUACACAUGCCACCAAGGUCGUGGGUGACAUUAUUGAGAAACUGCUCACAGUUGGUGUUGGUGACGUCGAUCCUGAGAUCCGGUGGGAAGUUCUAAUGGCCCUCGAUGCUCGAUUCGAUCGCCACCUGGGGAAAGCUGAUAAUGUUCGAACUCUGUUUCUCGCUCUAAAUGAUGAGGUAUUCGUUAUACGAGAGGCAGCCAUGUCUAUCAUUGGCCGGCUUACUACCGUCAACCCGGCCUAUGUCUUCCCUUCGCUGCGCAAGGUUCUUUUGCAGCUAUUAACGGAAGUAAAUUAUGCAAACAGUCCGCGAAGUAAAGAGGAAAGCGCCAAGCUGAUAAGCAAUCUUGUGGGUUCCGCAGAUGCUCUUAUCAAACCACUCGUAGAUCCCAUUGUUGCGGUUCUCCUCCCGAAAGCCAAGGAUUCAAAUCCAGAGGUUGCUUCUACAACAUUAAAAGCCAUCGGAGACCUAGCUACUGUUGGUGGCGAGGGCAUGGUCAAGUACAUUCCGGAACUCAUGCCCAUCAUUCUCGAAUUUAUGCAGGACCUGAGCUCUGACUCGAAACGCUUCUCGGCCCUGCGGGCUCUAGGACAGCUUGCGACCAACGCAGGCUAUGUCAUUCAACCAUACCGGGACUACCCAGAACUCAUGAAUAUUCUCAUGAACAUUGUCAAGACGGAAUCAGAGGGCGAUCUCCGCCGUGAGACCGUCAAGCUGAUGGGCACCCUUGGGGCUCUGGAUCCGGACGAGUACCAGAAGAUAAUGGAACAGUCUCCGGAUAAACACCUCGUCGCUGAGUCGCAAGCAGUUACUGAUGUCUCUUUAAUCAUGCAAGGUGUUACUCCUUCUAAUGAAGAAUACUAUCCAACGAUCGUCAUUAGCACGCUCAUGGGAUUGCUCAAGGAUACGUCUCUAGUACAGUUUCAUUCCGCAGUCGUAGAUGCUGUUAUGAACAUCUACGCCACAAUGGGCCUAAAGUGUGUGCCGUUCUUGAACCAGGUAGUUCCUGGAUUCUUGAUGGUCAUUCGAGGUGCCCCUCUUGGACGUGUCGAAGGAUACUUCAAUCAACUCAGUCAACUUGUACGAAUCGUUCGCCAACACAUUCGGCCUUACCUACAGAGCAUAUUGGCGACAAUUCAAGAAUACUGGAGCGCCAACCCUCAAUUACAAUCGACGAUUUUGUCUCUCAUCGAGGCAAUUGCUCGAUCUUUAGAAGGCGAGUUUAAAGUCUAUCUUGCGGAUGUUCUUCCUCUCAUGCUUGGUGUGUUGGACCAAGAUCAAACCGGCAAGCGUCUUCCUUCAGAAAGGGUGUUGCACGCAUUCCUUAUUUUUGGGUCUAGUGCAGAGGAGUAUAUGCAUCUGAUCAUUCCAGUAAUGGUCAAAAUGUUCGACAAGUCUGGUCAACCUGUUCAAAUCCGGAGACAAGCAAUUGAGACUCUGGGACGACUGUCAAAGCAGGUCAACAUAUCUGAGUUCGCAGCACGGAUUAUUCAUCCACUUUGCAGAGUGCUCGCAGGCCAAGAGCAAUCUCUCAAACAGACGGCGCUUGAAACUCUAUGCGCACUAGUUUUUCAGCUCGGUCCGGAUUACAUUCACUUUGUUCCAACGGUCAACAAGAUCUUAGUUACGAAUAAGGUUCCUCAUUCCAACUACGCCCUUAUUGUUUCUAAACUUCAGAAAGGCGAGCCUUUACCCCAGGAUCUCAGCCCUGAUGAGCGUUACGGAGAGGAUGAUGAGGAUCUCAACCCAGCUGAAAUUCUCACCAAGAAGUUGGCCGUGAACCAACAGCACUUGAAGCAAGCUUGGGAAGCUUCGUCAAAGACCACUCGAGAGGACUGGAUUGAGUGGAUGAGGCGCUUCAGCGUUGAGUUGCUUAGAGAGUCUCCGCAACAGGCUCUCCGUGCGUGUACUCCCUUGGCCAGUAUUUACAACCCGAUCGCGAGAAGUCUCUUCAAUUCCGCCUUUGUUUCCUGUUGGACCGAGUUAUAUGAUCAAUACCAAGAGGAGCUCGUGCGAUCUAUCGAGACUGCACUUACGUCUCCAAAUAUUCCCCCUGAGAUCCUCCAAAUCCUGUUAAACUUGGCAGAGUUCAUGGAGCACGAUGACAAAGCCCUCCCAAUCGAUGUACGGAUACUUGGAAUGUACGCCGGGAAGUGUCAUGCGUUCGCAAAAGCUUUGCACUACAAGGAGCUUGAAUUCAAUGCCGAGCAGAAUGCUAGCGCAGUUGAAGCAUUGAUUAGUAUCAACAACCAGCUUCAGCAGACGGAUGCUGCAUUUGGUAUCUUGCGUAAGGCACAAGGUUACCAAGAUGUUGAGCUGAAGGAAACUUGGUUCGAAAAGCUUCAAAAGUGGGAAGAGGCAUUGCAAUCCUAUCAGCGAAGGGAGCGGGAUGAACCAGAGUCCUUUGAAAUCACUAUGGGCAAGAUGCGGUGUCUCCACGCUUUGGGUGAAUGGGAUCUCUUGGCUACUCUCUCUAGGGAGAAGUGGGCCACUGCAAGUCAGGAAUAUCGCAAGGCAAUCGCACCACUUGCUGCAACAGCCUCCUGGGGAUUGGGCAAAUUUGCAGACAUGGAUGCCUAUCUCAGCGUCAUGAAAGAGCAGUCACCCGAUAGAGCUUUCUUCGCUUCCAUUCUCAACAUCCACAACAACCAGUUUGAGAUCGCUACAGAGGAGAUCACCAAAGCUCGCAAAGGUCUUGACACAGAACUAAGUUCACUCCUGGGAGAGUCAUACCAGCGCGCUUACCUACCUAUGAUCCGCGUACAGAUGUUGGCGGAGUUGGAAGAAAUCAUUCAAUAUAAACAGAACGAUGGUAACCUCGAGAAGCAAGCGAGUAUGCGGAAUACCUGGAUGAAGCGUCUCAAGGGCCUGCAACCAAACCCUGAGGUCUGGCAACGAAUGAUGAAAGUCCGUAAACUUGUCAUUACGCCACACGAAAGCAUGGAUAUGUGGAUCAAGUACACAAACCUCUGUCGAAAGAAUGAACGUCAUGGGCUGGCAGAGAAGGCGCUACAAAAAUUGCUGGACAUUGAUACCGGUAAUGUCUUCACCUACGCCCGGGCACACGCCCAUGAGAUUCCGUACCCGGUGUCUUACGCGGUCUUCAAGUUCAUGUGGGCUACACCAAACCACCAGCAAGAGGCACUAGAAUCACUAAAGGACUUCACCUCACGACUAUCCGAUGAUCUAACAAUCAGAGCACGGGCUGCUGCCAAUCUUAUGCUUUCACCGAAUGGGAUGAACGGGAUGACAAAUGGACAUGUCAUUAAUCCAUUGAACCCAUUUGCUGCUACCAAUGGUAUCAAUGGUGUCAAUGGGAUGAACGGCUCUAGCUUGCUCAAUAGCUCAGGCUCCGCCAACUCCCCGAGCGAUUUACCUGACUGUCAGCGCCUCCUCGCAAAAUGCUACUUAAAGCAGGGAGACUGGCAAUCACAAUUGCAUGGGGGCGAAUGGGACCACGACCAAGUCCACGAAAUCCUCUCCGCAUAUGCUGCAGCAACCCGAUACAACCAGAAUUGGUACAAAGCAUGGCAUUCCUGGGCCUUGGCCAAUUUCGAAGUCGUCAAUUCGAUUACGUCUCAGGCUGAUCGCGAAACCACUGAAAUUCCGUCGAACGUUGUUCAUGACCAUGUGGUCCCUGCUAUUCAUGGAUUCUUCAAGUCUAUUGCUUUGUCAUCAUCGAGCUCACUUCAAGACACUCUCCGACUCCUGACCCUGUGGUUUAGCCACGGCGGACUGCCUGAAGUUAAUCGUACUGUCACUGAAGGCACUAAAUCUGUACCCAUUGAUACUUGGUUGGAGGUUAUUCCCCAAUUACUUGCACGCAUCAACCAGCCGAACCCUACUGUUAGGCAGUCGAUUCACCAGCUCCUUAUCGAAGUUGGCAAGGCGCACCCUCAAGCUUUGGUCUUCCCUUUGACAGUCUCCAUGAAAUCUGACGUCUCUCGAAGAUCAAGGUCUGCCAAAGAGCUAAUGGAGGCAAUGCGAGAACACUCGCCGCGACUAGUGGAGCAAGCCGAUUUAGUGAGCAAUGAGUUGAUCCGUAUUGCGGUCUUAUGGCAUGAGCAGUGGCAUGAGGGCCUUGAAGAAGCAUCCCGUCUCUACUUUGGCGAUCGCAAUAUCGACGGCAUGUUUACAACGCUAGCACCGUUGCAUGCAAUGCUCGACAAAGGACCAGAGACCCUGAGGGAGAUAUCGUUCAUUCAGUCGUUCGGCCGAGAGCUGCAGGAAGCCCGCGAUUGGUGCAAUACAUUCCGUACAUCUGGUGAAAUGGGUGAUCUCAACCAGGCUUGGGAUCUCUACUACCAGGUGUUCCGCAAGAUUGCUCGCCAACUGCCAUCUCUCAUGACUCUUGAGCUUCAGUAUGUCUCUCCUAAGUUGAAAGAAGCGUCCGACCUCGAACUUGCUGUUCCUGGAACAUAUCACGUCGGCAAGCCAGUCAUUCGCAUCAUGUCCUUCGAUCCAGUGUCCACUGUCAUCCAAUCCAAGCAACGCCCAAGAAAAUUAGAGAUGCGCGGUAGCGAUGGCAAGACACACACGCAUAUUUUGAAAGGUCACGAAGAUAUUCGCCAGGAUGAACGCGUCAUGCAAUUGUUCGGUCUCUGCAACACCCUUCUCAUGAAUGACACCGAAUGUCGCAAGCGACACCUCAAUAUCCAGCGUUACGCUGCCGUACCUUUGUCGACACAGUCUGGCCUUCUUAGCUUUGUGCCGAACAGCGACACUCUUCAUGUUCUCAUCCGAGAAUACCGCGACAGCCGCAAGAUUCUGCUCAACAUUGAGCACCGCAUCAUGUUGCAGAUGGCACCUGACUACGAUUGCCUUACCCUAAUGCAAAAGGUAGAAGUGUUCGGAUAUGCGCUUGAUAACACCACGGGACAAGACCUCUACCGAGUUUUAUGGCUGAAGAGCAAGAGCUCCGAAGCUUGGCUCGAUAGGCGCACAAACUAUACUCGAUCUCUCGCAGUCAUGUCUAUGGUCGGCUACAUUCUCGGUUUGGGAGAUCGUCACCCUUCCAACCUAAUGCUGGACAGGGUCACUGGCAAGAUCGUACACAUCGACUUUGGCGACUGCUUCGAAGUUGCCAUGCAUCGGGAGAAAUAUCCGGAACGCGUUCCUUUCAGAUUGACCAGGAUGUUGACGUAUGCUAUGGAAGUCAGCAACAUUGAGGGCAGUUACAGGACGACUUGUGAACAUGUGAUGAGAGUCUUGCGGACGAAUAAGGAGUCCGUUAUGGCCGUCCUCGAAGCUUUUAUCCAUGAUCCCCUCUUAACCUGGAGACUUGGCAACCGCGAAUCCCCACCAGAACCAUCGUUCCCAUCUGAACGCCGUCAAUCCAUCAUCGGCGACGCAGAGCGAGAUAUGAGUUCUCUCGUCCGUGGCCGGCACCGGUCAAGCAUUGCGCCCGCCAACGAAGCUGAAGCAAAAGAAGUCCAGAACGCUCGUGCUUUGCAAGUCCUGUCGCGUGUCAAGGAGAAGCUGACAGGUCGCGAUUUCAAAGCGAAUGAAGAGUUGAAUGUAUUUGCACAAGUAGAUAGGUUGAUUAAAGAGGCGACGAAUUUGGAGAAUCUGUGUCAGCAUUAUAUCGGCUGGUGCAGUUUCUGGUAAUCAGGUUCGGAUAAUGGAAACAUAGGGCUGCCUAGCAUUGUCAUCCUUUUUUGAUUUCUUGCAGGAAUUACGGUUACCAUGGAGGGCGCUAAGUUUUAAUUUGAUGCCCAGGGAACCUGGAACGGGUAUGCGGGUCGCUUUUUCUUUGUCGUUCAAAUGUGUUCCGAGAUGGAUAUGCAUGCGCUUUUUCAGCGGCAUUUGGCGGCGCAUGGCAAGGUAAUUGGGAAUGGGUUUGGGUUUUCGGAAGUGCUGCUCAUCG